GCAAGAAGAACGACAACAACGAGAAAGAAAGAAAGACUCCUCCAAUCACAAGCACCAGCAAACAUCGUCCUCUCAACACCCUCCUUGAUCCCAGUUCUUACCACACGUACGACGAAACCUCCAAAAACAAAAAUGCGCGCCUCCACCAUCCUCUUCACCCUCCUCGCCACCCUCGCCGCCGCGGCCCCAGGCCAGCAGGCCACCGCCGACGUCAGCCCCAUCCUCCAAAAACGGUGCGAGGCGGCGGGCGUCUGCUCCCAAGGCGGCGACGACGGCACCUUUUGCUCCAACCUCAAAUGCUGCAGCGACUCCAAGUCCGGCCGCGGCGGCGCUGUCUGCUGCUGCAACUAAAAGAGUCCCUUCGCGGUUCUCUCCCUCUUCAGGUAUCUUGAGACGCGGCGCUUCUCGGUGUCGACGCACAGGGGGAAGCCUCGUCUCUUGUUUCUUGAAUUCAGUCAUAGCGAAAGACUAGCGUUUUUCAUUCAGCAAGCGGGAGGAAGAGUUUGCUUAUUUAUAUGUUAUCAUCAGCGACCCCGAUACAAUAGAGUUCAUCCAGA